AUGGAUACCCUAAAAUUAGAAACUCUCAUUUUAAGUGAUGUCGAUUGUAACGAUCCCGAAUACUUGCCACAAGACGCAAAUAUAUCUGAUACCGAAUCAGAUAUAGAAAGUGGCACAGAUGAAACUGAAAACCAAAGCCAAAAUGAAAAUUUACCGUAUAGCUGUCGUGAUGUUACAAAUGCAUUAGAUGUAUCCACUGCAAAGACACUUCCGGGGUCAAACAGAUGCGACGAUGAUGAAUUAUACGUUGAUAGAUCUCGGGGUCGUAACGGGGACAUGAAACAGAAUUUCUGUUUCUACUGUCAUACGAAGCAUCUCAAGAUUGCCCGUCAUUUGGAAAACAAACAUCGCGAUGAACCAGACGUCAAGAAAUUUGUUGACCUUCCAAAGAACAGUACUGAAAGAAGAAAAAUAAUAGCAGUUAUUCGUAAGAGAGGCAAUUUUUUAUUUAAUACGCAAACUCAAUACAACGACGGAGAAUUGAUUGUUUCAAGGAGACCAAAUACAAAAUUUGUUAGGUCUGCUCGUGACUUCCAAGCGUGUGCAAAUUGUAAGGCUUUCUUCUCCAGAAAUGCUCUCAGAAUACAUUUUGCAAAAUGCACUGGACGAAGUAGUAAGAAAAACAGAGUUGUUACGGUGAUGAGUAAAAAAGUGAUGGCUCGGGUACACCAUCGAGCCACAGAUACUGUGAAAAAUCUAAUAUUUCCUGCGCUCAGAGAAGAUGACGUGGUACGAGCUAUUCGCUACGACGAGUUAGUAAUAGUCCACGCUAACAAAAUGGGUGAAAAAUAUCAAGAGGCGAGGGACUAUGAAACGGUUCGACAGCGUAUGAGACUUCUAGGUCGUUUUUUAAUAACAAUAAGAAAAUUGAAUAAAGAUGUCACAGAUAUUACCUCCGUCUUUGACCCAAAAUUCUGUGACGAUGCUGUAGCAGCCAUCAUCAUAGAAGCUAAGCUUCACCCAUCUUCACAAGGAUCUGCAACACCGGCUGUUGCUUCUGCUUUGGGUACACUGCUCAAACUGCUAGGUUCAAUUCUGAUAAAUGAAUGCAUCAAGAAGCACGAUCAUGACAAGAAGAAGCAUGCAAAAGACUUCGUAAAAUUACUCACACAGGAACUAGCACUUAGUGUUAAUCGAAGAGUUACAGAAUCUCAGACGCUGCAAAUAAGGAGAACAAAAGUUGAGUUACCGUCGAUGGCAGAUGUAAAGAAAUUAUGUAUGUACCUCGAUCAGCAAAGGAACGCAGCAUUUCAAGAACUGAGAAAUAAUUUUUCUGAGGAAGCUUGGAUAAAAUUAGCUGAAACAACGUUGACAUCAGUACAGAUCUUCAAUCGCCGACGAGCUGGUGAAAUCGAGAGAGCUACUAUCGAAGAUUUUAGGAAUCAUCAAAGCCUUGAUGUGAACACGGACAAAGACAUAUUCAAUUCAUUAUCGAAAGGAAGCCAAGUACUGGCUCAAAAGUAUGUCCGUUUUGCUAUUAGGGGCAAACUAAAUAGAACAGUUCCAGUCCUCCUCAGUACCCAACUAUUGUUACGUGCCAGCCGGUAUCCACGGCGGCGCCCUCCCUGCGCCCUACCUGACCAGCGUGCAGUUAUCAUAAGAGAGCCUCACGUGCUCUUACCGAUAGUCGUAGAUUAA